AUGGAAAUAUCAAACAAGAUUACGUUUAAAAACCAAGUGGUUAUAAUUACAGGUGCUGGGGGUGGCCUUGGAAAGCAAUACGCCUUAAAUUUUGCAGAAAGGGGUGCAAAAGUUGUGGUCAAUGACUUAGGAGGUAGUCUUCAGGGAAAGGGCAAUUCUACAAAAAGUGCGGAUGUAGUUGUUAAUGAAAUUCGCAGCAGAGGAGGAAUUGCAGUGGCUAACUAUGAUAAUAUCGUCACAAACCCAGAGGGCAUUUUAAGGACAGCAAUUGACAACUUCGGUACAGUACAUAUUUUAAUAAAUAAUGCAGGAAUCUUGAAGGAUGCGAGCUUCAAGAAGAUGACUGAAAAGCAGUUCAGGGACGUUUUGGAUGUUCAUCUUAAUGGCUCAUAUAAAUUGACUAAGGCUUGCUGGUCUUUCUUUCGCAAUCAGAAAUAUGGCAGAGUUAUUAUGACAGCUUCACCUGCAGGUCUUUAUGGAAAUUUUGGACAGGCAAAUUAUUCUGCAGCAAAGCUUGGAAUGGUUGGCUUAGGAGAGACUCUAGCGAAAGAGGGCAUCAAAUACAAUAUCAAGGUUAAUAUUAUUGCCCCGUUGGCAAAGUCAAGAAUGACCGAAACGAUAAUGCCCCCGGACAUAUUAAAAAAGCUUUCUCCCGAAAAAAUAUGUCCUCUUGUUCUUACUUUAGCUUCUAAUAGUUGCCCUAGUUCUGGUAAUAUCUACGAAGUUGCAGCAGGCCUAUACGCUCAGAUUCGUUGGGAACGCAGUCAUGGCACAUAUCUAAAGCCAGAUUCCAGUCUCACACCGGAGGCUAUUCUUUUUAAACUGCCAGAAGUAAUUGACUUUACCAACGAAAAGCCACAACAUCCAACUCAGUUAAGUAACUACAAUGACAUUUGGUCAAAGACGAGCAUACUAUCUAGCAACAAUCAAGGGGACAUGAAAAUCCAAUCGUUGCAUAACAAAGUGGUUAUAAUCACUGGUGCAGGGUCUGGAUUAGGGAGAUCGCAUGCAUUACUUUUCGCAAAGUAUGGUGCAAAAGUUGUUGUCAAUGACUUUAAAGAUCCGUACACUGUUGUGGAAGAAAUCAACAAGGCUGGGGGAAUUGCAAUUCCGGCUAAAUUCGAUGUCUAUAGUGAAGCGGAUAAAAUAGUUCAGUUAGCGGUCAAAUCAUAUGGAACAGUUCAUGUUCUAGUUAAUAACGCCGGAAUUCUUCGCGAUCGUUCAUUCCUGAAGAUGAACAAUGAUGAGUGGAAUGCUGUAAUGAAUAUUCAUUUGCUGGCAACAUUUAGACUAUGCAAGAAUGUCUGGCCCUUAUUUAUGAAGCAAGGAGGUGGCUUUAUUGUGAAUACAACAUCUACCUCUGGUAUUUAUGGCAAUUUUGGUCAGGCAAACUAUGCUGCAGCCAAGGCGGCAAUCUUGGGAUUCACGAGAACGCUAGCUAUUGAAGGAAAGAAGCAUCACAUAUUCUGUAAUGCAAUAGCACCGCAUGCUGAAACUGCUAUGACAAGAACAAUCCUUCAGGGGUCAGAAUUAGGCAAAUUUUCACCAUCCCAAGUGAGCCCCAUAGUCGUUUUACUUGCUAGCGAGGAAGCCAAGGGAAUAACUGGUGAGCUUUUUGAAAUUGGUGCUGGAUGGGUUGGUAAUACCAGAUGGCAACGUGCAAAGGGAGCUGUUAGUCACGAGAAAAACAUCCCAGUGGAAUUUGUGGUGAAUAAUUGGAAGGAUAUUGUUGAUUAUACCAAGAGUUUCCCCGUGAAAACAGCUCAGGAAUCUGCAAUGAUGAUUUUAGAUGCAGUGGAAAAUGAUUCAAAAGACGAUGAUAGCAGUACCGGAGACGAAGAAGAAGAUGAUGACGAGGAAGAGGAGAAAGGAUCAAAAGCAUCUGAUAGUUAUGAAUACAACGAGAAGACUGAUAUUUUUUACAAUUUAUCUGUUGGUGCCAAGGCAAACGAGCUUAAAUACACCUACGAAAAUAGCAGUGACUUCCAAAUUAUUCCGUCCUUUGGAGUAAUUCCAUUUAUGCAUCUUGGAGGUGAUGCUUUAGAUUUUGGUAAUUUGCUCCAAGGAUAUGACUUCUCAAAUCUUCUUCACGGCGAACAAUAUCUCAAGAUUUAUAAACAUCCAAUUCCAACUUCGGGACGUCUCAAGACGGACAUGAGGCCAAUUGCAGUUCUAAAUAAGAAUAAAAAUGGCAAACACAAUGUUCUAUUGGUCAUUGGAUAUGAUUCGCAUGCAGAAGUUGAUGGAAGAAAGCAAUUAAUCUUUACAAAUAUAGCUUCCUAUUUUAUUAGGAAUUCGCAGUCCAAGGGUUCCAAAGAUCACGUUUAUUCUAAGAUGGAAAAUAAAUUCUGUGUCGAUAAAUUCAAGAGCCCUGAUAGGAAGCCAGAUUUCAUUGGUUCAUACCAAUCAAGUCGGGAGCAGGCUGCUUUGUAUAGACUAAAUGGAGAUAUGAAUCCAUUGCAUAUUGAUCCUACUGUUGCUAGAGGGGCAGGAUUUACGAAACCAAUUCUUCACGGCCUUUGCACUUUUGGCAUUUCAUCCAAAAUUCUUGUGUCAAAAUAUGGCCCAUUUGAGGAAGCAAAGGUCAGGUUUACACAAGCAGUCUACCCAGGAGAAACUAUUGAAGUUAUGGCAUGGAAAGAAGGUAACGUUGUUAUAUUUCGUACGAAGGCAGUUGAUAGAGAUAUUGUGGUGAUUGACAAUGCGGCCGUGAAAUUAGUGAAUAAGGUUCAGGCUAAAUUAUAA